CGUUUACGGAGUACGGAUUACAUCGAUCUGAAAGUCCCUUGGCCGAUUGAACCCAACAAUGGGUAUCCCCCAACUCCGGAGGCAUCUAGAGCCCUACGCCGAGAGGGCUAUCCUCGACCCAUCAAAUGUAGUCCUGGACGGGCCAGCGCUUGCAUACCACGUUCUCGGACUUUGCACAAGGACAGCCCGCAAGACUAGUCCCUUGGAGCAGCCGUCCUACGAGCUCCUGGGCAGGACCGCCAUCGCGUGGCUGAAGAGAAUCCAGUCAUGUGGUCUUUUAGUCUCGGCUAUCUAUUUUGACAGUUUUCUUCCGGCUUCAAAGCGUCCAGAACGGAUUCAGCGCCUGAUCAAGUCGUCCCGAGAUUUGAUAAAAUACCACUCGGCAUACCCGGCAGGAGUUCCGGGAACCAGCUCUCGUCACGCGGCGGGCGACGCUGACGUUGACCUGUUUCCCAGUGCUUGGCCCGCGGAGAGGAAAGCGCAGCCUCCUGCCCCUCCCUUCCUCGUCCCGGCCAUCAUUGACGCAUUGAGAAGCUCGCCAGAGUUUGGGCACCUGGUGAAACUGGUUCCGGGGGAGGCAGACGGUUUCUGCGCCCGGCAUGUCCGGCAACAUGGCGGGCUGGUCCUGACGUCCGACUCUGACCUGUUGGUCUACGACCUCGGGCAGACCGGCGGCGUCGUUUUCCUCGCUGAUAUUGCUGCCGAUGAGGAGACUCAGAGACUUUGGGCACCACAGUACAUACCCGUACAUAUUUGCAAAAGAUUGUCCCUCAAACCAGAGGCAGGACUCCGUUCUCUCGCUUUCGAGGUCAGCAGGGAUCCCCACCUCACGUUACAGCAGGCAGUUGAGAGGUGUAAAGCGGGCCAGGCGACUUCGGCGACAGAAGAUGAGUACUCCGACUUUGUCGACCUAUAUCUCUCGCCGGAGGUGGCGUCGAAGCUCGAGGCCGACCAUGUCCUGCUUCUUGACCCACGAAUAUCUGAGAUUGUCCUUCGUUCAUUGAAAACAAAGGGCAUUGCAACGACCAGUCCAGGGAACAAAACGAUCUCUAAAAGAGAUGAUGACGAUGCGCUCGAGAUGUUUCUGCCGUUUCUUCUCGACUGUCCUGCUCGGACAAGCGCGUGGGAGGCAAGCAAGGCCACAAGACAGCUGGCAUACGCAGUCUUGCAGUCCCUCCGCGGUAGCGACGUAAUCUCAAUGUCUGAGAUGCGAAGACUGCAGUCCAUGUCAUCUGGGACGAACCUAGCCGUCCCAAAACUCACCGAGAUUGACGGGCUCGGAGAUGCACUGCUAGCACGCCUGUACGAGAUUGAGGCGGGCUUGAGCGACCCCAAUCUUAUAUGGGUGACUCUAGCCAUAUAUGAGGACAUCGCCAUGACCAUCGACCGUGGAAGAGGUUCUCCCCUCAGCCUUGGGGUUCUCCGGCAAGCAGCGAGCGGGGAGAUAGACCCGUGCUCUUGGGAAUUCCUUCAUCUUCUUGCACAGACCCAAGCAACCUACUACUCACUCCGGAUGCUCUUCCAAGUACUCAAAUUCGCCGCACACCACACCGGGACCCUAUCAACACCAUUGUCGAAACUCGUAAGAUACUUGGCCCGUCUCCCGUCAUUGCCCGAUUUUCCUUCCGCCAGGACUUUUGCGCAGACGUUAUUGGAGCUUCGAGAAGGAGGAGCUCUCUCGUCUCUUCAGACCCUUUGUGCAGACUAUGGUGACGCUAUGCUCCUCAUUAGGUCAGUUCAAGAGCCACAAAAUGACAACAAGUCUAAAAAGAGGAAACGCAGAGCGCCGCCCGGAGGGACCACCAAACCCCGUUCAGGUAAUCCUUUUGACCUUCUCGCAGGGGUUGGAGACUAGGGAACAUCUAUAGAUUACAGUCAAUGAAGGCGGAAUUAGAGUAUCAUUACGUCGAGGACAAACUUCAUUCUCGUCUUCUAGUGCCUUUCUCCCCGGCGAUACACUGAUUCUCCUCCACGAUUUGUUCCUCUCUUCGGUUGUAGAGUGGACACUAAGCGGGUUAGGGUAUGCUCUCUCUCAAGCGCCCUCCCC